UGCACUGCAUAUGAUCCAUAUUAAAUUCAGUGAAGUUAGGGAAUAAUGAAAAGGACUAAAGGAAAGGGGAAGAUGACGCAUUAGCUUGAAAUGCAAGUCCUUUUCAGAAAGUAAAUAAUUUUUAAAACUAUAUCAUGGUUGUUAAAUUACACUUAAGCAUACUAACAAACUCUACAAGCCGUAAACAUUCUGUCAAUAUUGAUACUCUAAUUCUUUGUAGAUGAAGUUUAAAUCAGAUAUGGUGAUGAAAACGAGACAUGGCAAACUCAAUCAACAUUGUCAUUUAAAGCAAAAUAUAAAUAAAUAAAUAAAAAAUAUCUGACAAAUGAUAUAAUAAUCCCCAGAUAACAUUAGAUAAUCCGCUACUUUUUAGUGGAACGACUAAUGAUUGUGACAAGAGCUUUAAAUCUUCACUAGCAUCUUACAAUCUGAAGUACUAUGAUGAGUUCAAUUGUGACUCUGUAUCUGUAAGCGUGUUUAUUUUGAAAAGAGUGCUCUCAAACUCAAUAUAACCAGCAUCAUUAUCAUUAAAUUGUUACAUGAAUAAUGCUAAAUAUAAGUAGAGAGCAUAAAAGCAGUGGAGACGAAAAACAGUAGUAUCUAAUCCAAACAUUGAGACCAUGAAUGGAGGAUAAACAAAAUUGAUAAAAAUAAAUGAGUAGUAUGCACAAAGCAGUGUAGACAACUUUGAAUAGUGUUAAAAUCAGUUAAAAUGUUCAUUUGAAAAAUGAUGAGAACUUUACACUUUGACCUUAAGAAAAACUGUUAUUUGCACCUAAAAGAAAAAAGAAUGCAAAAUGGCAUUCAUUAGCUGAUCAGGUUUACUGAGUUGUCAUAUAGAAUAAUAAUACUUCAAAACUGGUGAUAUCCCAAAAUGGGCAAGACUCCUGCUCAUGAAAAAACUAAAGAGAUCCAAAAACGCAUUGAAAGAGAAUCCGCAUUUUUGAUAUUCUAACAUCAAUAUGUGAAUGAAUAAAAACGACAAAGAAUUACUAAAAAAAAUAAUACGAAGAAGAAGAAGAAGAAGAAGAAAUAACUAACUUGGAGACAGAGCAGUCCUCAAGAUGCUUAACAUUGUCUUGGCCUUCCAUCCUUGUCAACUAUUUAAACAUAUGAAGGAAUCAUACUUCAACAUUCCAUAAGCAGAGAAAACAUUGACAAAAGAAGCUAAAUCAAACUCAAUAUUGACUGUUUUAAUCCAAGUUAUGUAGAACACAGCACAAGUGAAACCAUCAGGGAGCGCAUUGGGGGCCUAGGGCAAAAUUUCAAAAUGGGACCUUUUUCCUAAGAAAAAUUCAAUAAAUAUUUAAACUUUAAACAUAAUUAAAAAUAUUUAAAUAUAUAUGUAUAUACUUUCGUAUUUUAAUCCUUUGACUCUCCAAACCAAACAAAGCUCAGAUAUUUUCUUAGCCAUGGCAGAGGUAGAGCGAGAAAAGAUUGAGCUUGAAUUAGGAUUAUCAAUUAGAGGAAGAGGAAGUUUCGGUAAAUACAAAACGACAAAGAAACCCAAUAUUGGCUUUAAUUUAGAAACGAGAGAAAUUAGUACCUCGCCGGCGCCGGCACCGGAGAGGGAAGUUCUUGAUGCGAAGACGAAACGUGAGAUUCACGCGAUGAGGAGACAAGAGGCGAAGAAGAAACGACAAGAGAAAAGGAAUCGAGGGUUAAGAAACUCGAACAAUGUCUCUCCUGUAACAGAAGAUCAAAAUCAAGAUCGCGAUGAUGAACAACGAGCCAGUAAAAAGAGAAGAGUAUACCCUUACCCGUCGUUUCAGUUCGUUCCGUACACGAAUGGGUUUCCGUACCCAUACAUGAUGAUGCCGUGGUGGACGCCAAACGCAGGUUCUACUCUAAAAAAUGCGGUUCAACCCAUGCCUUGUCGGGUUGGGUUCGGACCCUUUAACACGGGUUCGGAUCUCGGGUCGGAUAAGAGCGGUGAAAAAACACAGGGUGAAGAUAGGAAAACGACGUCGUAUGGUGGUUAUACUAGUUCUUCUACUCAGAUAUACAUUUCGACUAAAGGUGAGGGUCCAAAUGGGAAAAGGUUCACUGGUUUUCUGUAUAGAUAUGCAAAAUCUGAAGUGAAUAUUGUUUGUGUUUGCCGUGGAACUGCAUUCUCACCGGCUGAAUUCGUUGAACAUGCCGGCUGUACUGACGUAUCUACUCCUUUGAAACACAUCACUGUUAUUCCUUCUGAGUGAUUCCAUCCAUAGUUUUUUUUUUCAAAAGAAUUAGGAAUUUUUUUUUUCUUUUUAAAAAAGGGAAAAGAAAUAGUACAUACAGUGGAUUUAAUAGUUGACAUUAAUCAAAGAUGUGUUGAUUAAAGAAGAUGGGUCUGAUACUCUCAUUUUAAUUUGAGAUUAUAUCUUUUCUAAUUUUGGUUAUAGUGUUUCACA